UAAAGGUAAAUUAAUCCAGAGCGCAAAAGCUCUGUACGCAGUCGACGUUUGCGUCUGGAACAAGAAAGAGUGCACGACAAAAUGCAGACCACAUCAGUUCUUGUUCUAAUUUUGGGUGUAGGCUACUCAUUAGCAGCUGACACAUGCAGUGUAAGUCCUGAAGACCGAAACGAUUGUGGAUGGUACGGGAUUGACAAGGAAACCUGCGAAGACAGAGGCUGUUGCUAUGACGACACUGACUUUGGCUUCGAAACUAAGUGGUGUUUUUAUCCAACUGAUAACAAAUGCUACGGGAUUGCACCAGAGGAACGGGAAGAUUGUGGCUACUAUGGGAUUCAACGGGAAGAAUGCGAAGACGAUCGCGGUUGUUGUUUUGAUCACACGGUACCUUAUGUACCUUGGUGUUUCAAGGGUAGCGAACCAACUGAGACAUCCGCGGCCGCUGGGCCAACAGAAAGCACCGAAUCACCAGUGGAGCCAACAGAAAGCACUGAAUCUCCAGUGCAGCCGACAAAAAGCACCGAAUCUCCAGUGGAGCCGACAAAAAGCACCGAAUCUCCAGUGGAGUCCUAAAAGCCUGCCUUCAGUUACUGAUGCAAUGACACAUGCAAGGAAAAAAAAGAGGGGCUUAGAAAUACUCUUGUUAUGAUAGUGUAGUGGGUAUUGAAUAAAACAUAAACUGGAUCAUGCAAUCAGAAGA